UGAAGCUUCCACGUCUUAAGACGGAUCUGGAUAACAAACUGUUCGGACAACAUCUGGCGUCUCGCAUCAUCCUAAGAGCUGUGAUCGAAUUCAUGAGCAACGACAACCCUGAGAAGCCGCUGGUGCUAUCGCUCCACGGCCCGCCCGGCACCGGGAAGAACCUUGUCAGCCAGCUGAUCGCAAAAAACAUUUACACAGAGGGGAUGAACAGUAAGAGUGUCCACGUCUUCAGCCCUUACCGUCACUUCCCGCAUCGAAUUCAAAUCUCCACCUAUAAGUCUUAUCUGCAGCAGAGGAUCAAAAGUAGCGUGAGCAACUUUGAGCGCUCCAUGUUCAUCUUUGGCCAUAUGGACAAGAUGCAUCCGGGCCUGAUCGACAGCAUCAGG